AUGUUUACCUUUGACAACAUUACGGACGGCGAGACGGUGCACCAACGCGCGGUGCUCGUCACAGGCACUUGCCAGGGGCUCAACGCCAACGAGGAGACGGUGAAAAUCAUCAUCAAGACGGGUCCGCCUGGCAAUAACGUCACGUUUCCGGAGAGCGUAUGGCCCGUGAGCAAUGAAGGAUACUUCAAAACUCUGGUCCUUGUUUCCCCCGGCGAGAAUGUCGUCGUGUUUGGCGCGGGUGCCCACGAGACAGAGACACCACCUCUGCACCUCGCCAUCCUGGUUGGCCAGGACUCGCCUCUGCUCAUUGACUGCCCCCCUGCCAAGCACGCCGCUCUCUCGAGCGCACACUCUUCACUUGACGCUGCCGUGGCCAAGUUUCGCGUCACGGCCCUCAUGUGGCAGGCACUCACGGCGUCUGAGCUGCACAAGGCUGGUCUGGGCCGCCGAGCCUUCCGUCUCGAGGAAGAAUGGGGCGUCGACACGCUCAGUAGGACGGCGGAGGAGAAGAUGGGGCCCGUGAUCAAGGUGCACCUGGUCAAGAGCAGCAAGACGGUCAAAGAGCUGCGGGAUAGCCAGCUGGCGCAACAGAACCCCAGUGCCCGCCGGGCCAACGACCUGCACACGAUCUUCAAGCAGGACCUGUACAAUCACGGUGCGCCCUUUGUCGCAGAGGAGAAGCCCAUCGUCGCGGGUCUCAUCCUCGAUGCCAAGAACGACAUUGAGCAGGAUCUCAUCCUCGCCCAUGCCGCUCUUGGCUCGCAUGACCCCAGGGGCCUCUCGCUGGGUAUCUUUGGCAGCCAUUUGACGUACUCGUGGCCGCGAUUCGUCGAAGAAAUCCCCUCGUGCCUCCUCGACACAACACGCCCCGGUGUCACUGUUGGCAACGACAACAACGAGUGCGAGUCCAUGUGGGAGGCCUGCACGGUCGGGCAGGGUGCUUUCCUCCACGAGGUGGGCCACGCCUUUGGCGCGCCGCACACCACCGGCAUCAUGAUGCGCGGGUACGCCCGCGACUGGGCCGUCUGCUUCCUUGCCAGGACGGCCAAGAGCAACAAGACGGGACAGCAGGGGAUGCACGCCGACACUCUCCGGGCCCAGUACGAUUGCACCCAGCCGCUCGAGUGCCAGGUGCUCACGGCCAACGGCAAGAAGGUGACCCAGAACAUCUGGCAACUGUUGUCGGAAAACUCCUAUAUCCGUAUCCCCGACACGGAUAUCAAGCUCCUCAAGAAGUCGGUCGACUCCCGUGGCGGCGGCACCGACUUUUGGUCGUGGACCGUCAUGCUCAAGAAGCGCGCGCGGGACGGGCGUCUGGUCGCGGCCAACAAGAUCAACCUCGCGGUGGGCUGCAUCCUCGACGGCGCCGAGGUGUACUACAAGGACGGCACCAAGGUCCCCUGCUCGAAGCGCUCCCCCCACGAGUCGGAGGAGUACAUGGGCGGCCACCAGGCGAAGAGGAUUGCUCUCCCCAAGGGCGUGGAGAUUACAAAGGUGGCCGUGACCAAGCAAGGGGAACAACCAGGCGAGGGGCAGGUUGUCGUCGGCUUAUACGGCUCCAGCGACAAGAACAGCGGGUACUGCUACGAGUUUGGCAUCGUCACGGCGCCCAAGGGGCGUCAGCUCCCCGACAGCGUGUACGACAUGCCCGAGCUCAAGAACGAGUACAAGACCAGGGGUGCACGGCAGCCCAUGGCCAAGAGGCGUAAGAUUGUGAGUCCCACUGACAAGAGCCAGGACGCGGAUCAGCAGUCUGCCACGGAAGACGAGGAAAGUGAUGAGGAGGAUAUCAGUCAGGAUGAGGAUACCGGUUAUGAUGAUGACUUUGGAUCCGAGUCCGAGUCUGAGUGA